AAAGUGAUAAAACAAAAAUGGAAAAAAAAAACACGAAAAUUGGUCCGUCUCUCUCGGCAAUCGGCAUCGUCUUUCCCGUUUUUCAUUUCAGUUCAGUCUUCAGUCCCAAAUCGUAUCCCUAAUUUUUCUUUCUUCGUCUCCCCCACACGGCAGCUGUGGCGGCAUCCGACCAUCACCAGCACUCUCACUCGCUUCGCCGGCAUCGUCUCGAUCAGUCACUCUAGCGGCUCGCCUUUCCCCGAUUCAGGCGCGCCCCUGUUCUCCAAUUCCCCCGCGCGGCCCACUCUUUCUCAGUGUUUCCUCUCCACUCAGCUUCGCUUCCACUUCGAUAUCCUUCCGCGGUCUCCUCGCCCCCCGCGAAGGACACAGUCUAUCAACAUUUCCGCCGCCUCCCCGCCGCUGAGAAGUAUUGGGAACUGACAAGUAGGGAGAAGAAAGACCAAACUAUGCAAACAGCUUGUCAUCUCCGUCCGAUUUUUCAAUUGCCCAACCGAAGGGUUGUUGUAAAGCCAAAUGGGUGUACAAAAGUCGGAAACUUGAAUUGUGACAAUCUGUGCUUCACCAGAAGAACACAACUCUACAAGUUCCCAUCACAAACCAGAUUUGAUGCAGUACCUGAAGCGAAUGAUGGGCAUCUUCUCUCCGCCUCUAUGGUGGAAGAAGUUGAAAACACAAAUCACGCCCCAACUCAGGAAGAAGCGCUGCCUUCGUUCGACAAAUGGUCCCCUCCUGAAUACCUGUGGAGGGGAUUUUCAGUUUUUGUGUUGGCGGGUCAGGUAAUCUCGAGGACUCUAAAGGGAAAAGUUCACUGGAGGAAUACCCUGCAACAAUUGGAGAGAGUUGGACCGAAGUCAGUAGGGGUCUGCCUCUUGACUGCUGCUUUUGUUGGCAUGGCCUUCACUAUUCAAUUCGUUCGAGAGUUCACGAGACUGGGAUUAAAUAGAGCUGUCGGCGGUGUCUUGGCUCUAGCAUUUUCACGGGAGCUUAGCCCUGUGGUCACGUCAAUCGUGGUUGCUGGACGAAUGGGAAGUGCAUUUGCUGCGGAGCUGGGGACGAUGCAGGUAUCCGAGCAAACUGACACUCUGAGGGUGCUUGGAGCAAACCCUGUUGAUUAUCUGGUCACCCCACGAGUGAUCGCUUCGUGCAUUGCUCUACCGUUCCUGACUCUGAUGUGUUUCACCGUGGGGAUGGCAUCCAGUGCCUUGCUAGCGGAUGCUGUUUAUGGAGUCAGCAUCAACAUUAUCAUGGAUUCAGCUCAUAGGGCACUUAGAUCGUGGGACUUAAUAAGCGCAAUGAUCAAGUCCAUGUGUUUCGGUGGUAUCAUAUCUACUGUGAGCUGUGCAUGGGGAAUAACCACGAUUGGAGGCGCCAAGGGUGUGGGGGAGUCUACAACUUCAGCCGUCGUCAUCUCUCUCGUGGGUAUCUUUGUUGCUGAUUUCCUGCUCUCUUCCUGUUUCUUCCAAGGAGCUGGGGAUUCUCUCAAGAGGUUAUAGUUCUCCAUCUAUUCUUUCUCCUAGUAUAUAAGAACUUACUGCUUUUUUACCUUGUAGUGUACCCUGGUAGUCAAAUGUUAGAUGCUGCCUCUUCCCUGUGUUGUUGCCUGGCAUGUUCUUGUUUAUCAGAUGAAUGCACAAUUAGCUUUGCCAAGUCAAUGUUACAUGGAGAUGCUCUUUUAUAUUAAUACUCAUUCCAUUUAUGAUCCCGAAACCGUAUGUGAGGUUGUAUUGGAAAAGUUAGUGA